AUGACUAAUAUCACCGUAAAGAUAGUAUCGGACACCGUCUGCCCAUGGUGCUACAUCGGCAAGAAACGGCUCGACAAAGCCAUUGACCUCUACCGCAAGGUAUACCCCGGCGGCAAAGACGACACCUUCACCAUUACCUGGGCGCCAUUCUACCUCGACCCCACCUCCCCCAAAGUCGGUGUUCCGGUUACUGAGCGCAUGAUAGAGCGCUUUGGUCCGGAGCGACUAGCCGCCCUACAGCAACGUCUGGUAUUUAUGGGCCGCGAGGAAGGUAUUAACUUCGGGUUCAACGGGAAGCUCGGCAACACUCGGGAUUCGCACCGGUUGAUCCAAUUCGGCAAGACCAAAGGCAACGAUGUCGAAAACCGUGUUGUACUCGAGCUUUUCAAGAGCUACUUCGAGGGUGAUGGUGAUAUCACGUCGCACAAUACGUUGAUUGCUGCGGCGGAGAAGGCGGGGUUGGACAGGGCGGAAACGAAAGAAUGGCUGGACACAGGCAAAGGUGGAAAGGAGGUCGAUGAGGAAGUCCAAGAGGCGUAUGCGAAGGAUAUUCAUGGUGUGCCGCAUUUCACGAUACAGGGCAAGUACGAGGUCGACGGUGCGCAGGAUAGCCAGGCGUUUUUGGAGGCAUUCGCCAAUGCGAAGGAGGGAAAAUAA